AGUGUAGUAGUCCAUGAUUGCCGUUAUAAUCAUGACAAAAAAAUCUAUUUUGUCAUGGUUGUAAUCAUAGAUAAGACCGUGGAUAUUGGAUGAUAAAAAAAAUUAUUACGCUAAACGCUUAGGGCUUAGAUAAUAAACACAAUAUUUUGUAAUUUGUUUUUGUACUUGAGUACUAUAAGUACGACAACUCUGAACUCAUUAGAUUUAACUAAAAUAUUUUAGUGCAGGUCAUCUGUUGUAGGUACGUUUUAUAAUGGCUGAUGUUUUAGACUUAAAUGCUGAAGAGUUUGUGGAAGAAGAUGAUGAGGGAGUUUCUAAGCUUAAAGAAAAAGCUAGAAGAAGAAAAGGACGGGGUUUUGAAGACAAAUCUAAAAGAGACAACAUCAAAGAUGAAGCCAUGGAAUUUGAUUCCGUCGAUCAAGCUGAUGACGAUGGACCUGGACCCCAAAGAUCGGUUGAAGGCUGGAUAUUGUUCAUUUCUUCUUUACACGAAGAAGCCCAAGAAGAUGAUUUGCAUGAUAAAUUUGCUGAGUUUGGAAAAAUUAAAAACUUACAUUUAAAUUUGGACCGUAGAACCGGAUUUUUAAAAGGUUAUGCAUUAGUUGAAUAUGAAUCAUAUAAGGAAGCUUUUCGAGCACGUGAAGGACUGAAUAAUACCGACAUUUUGGGACAGCAAAUUAGUGUAGACUGGUGCUUUGUAAAAGGACCAAAAAGGAUAAAAAAAUCCAGGCGCCGAAUGACUAAUUAUUAAUCAAUUUAAGUAAUACAAUUUCAGAUAUAUGAACAAAUUUACAAUAUAAAUAAGUUAUUUUUUGAUAAUUAACCACUAUAAACAGCAGUUUUUAAGCAAUUAAUAAAGUUAAAGAAAAAAAAUGACAUUUGGUUCCUAAUAUUAUAUUUGUAAAAUUCUAAAGGAAUAAAAACUGAUAAUAGCUGUA